AUGAUGACAAAUGCAGAAGGUUCUCGCAUCUUGAAGCCCUUGGAUCAAGGUGAGAGGAACUCCACUGAGAUCGCAGCUUAUCGCAGCCUCUCUUGUUCGCCUUUGGCACCUUAUCUCUGCACCUUCCAUGGCACCAGAAAGGUGGAACAAGCGGAGUACAUGGAGCUGAACAGUGCUUACUUUGGCAUGCGGGGGCCAACUGCUACAUUGGACAUCAAGAUCGGCAAAAAGACUUGGGAGGACAACGCGGCCACCGCCAAAAUCGAGAAGGAGUCAAAGAAGUUUGAUGAGAUCUAUUCUGCCAGCAGUGCCAUGGACGGCUUUCGCGUUGCUGGAAUGAAGGCUGGCGAUCUCCAGUUGGACUCCACAAACCUGAAGGCGCGCUUCAGCCUCAAGACGCACGAGUUCGGGGAGUGGCUUCUGCCCGCAUUCCUGGCCUCAGCGCCUGGCUUCGGACCCUUGCCAAAAGGUCCUGCUGGCCAGUGCCGCCCAGAGAGCAGAGGUUGCGAGGUCGAUAUGCAAGCAGCCACCGACAUCCUCGCCCAGCUCAAAGCCAUUAGCGCCGCAGCGGAGCAGGGCUUCGGAGGAACGCUAAGAGCAGCCAGCCUCCUCUUCACCAGAGAGAUGCGGGUGGGCGGUAGGUGGGCAGUUCAUCUCAUUGACCUGGCCCAUUAUACCGAGUCGGCUGAAAAGCGGGAUGACAACUUCUGCGAUGGCUUGCAGAAUUUUGUCCGUACUUGGGAAGACUGGUGUGGAGUCAAUCCACCACCGUCAUGGUUUACCGUUUGUUGCGUUACGCGCAAGUGA